AUGUUAUUUGAUGAUAUCGAGGUGGACAGUGAAGUGCUGUUUGUAGAAAGGAAACCAGUUCGACAAAAUAUUGCUAUACAGGCAAUAAUUCAAAAGAAAGGUCAAACUCAAGCUACAGAGAAAAAUCUUACAGUUGCUCCAUCUAAAGUACAAGAAAGAGCAAAACCUCCACUUAUAAGUGCUGAGCCUGUAAAAACAACUGUCUUGACUGCAGCUUCAGGCCUGAAUUCUCCAAAGUAUCUGCUGGGAGUUCCAACAACUGAACCUUUGUUCAUGAAGGGCACCAGCAGUGGUGUCUCAAGUAGCAUGCGACCUGGAACUCAGAGUUCAAGAAUUCCUGUAACACAACAACCACCAAGACUGCAGAAACAGAUAAUGGCCCAACAGGGGUCAACCCAGCCAAGUUUAUGGCAGGAGAAUGUAACACCACAAAUACUUAGCAAACAGGUAGCAGUUACUCCACAACAACAGCAAAAAUUGUUGUGGCCAUAUUCUGUCCAAAAACAGCAAGAACAAAAUGCAUCAAAGUGUGACAACAACUCUUCCCCUCAGACAACACAAAAUGAUGCCAGCCCUGGUAAAGAAGGACAACAACCAGUUCAGGAAACAACAAACAGUCAAAAGCCACAGCUUCUUGAAAAGAAAACGCAAAAUGUUUUUCUGAAUAUGAAUUCUGAUUUCAGGUUGGCCUCUUCAUGUAGAUUUCCAGGAAUAUCUAAUCCAUCCUCAUUAACACCCCAGAAUACAUCAAUAAAUGCAAGGAAUCCAAUACUUAGUCAGAGCAACACACUUUCAGGAAAUACUACCACCAAUGCAAUGUUUAGAUUCCCUCCCCCUCCAUUUCCACCAAACAGUAAGCAGUUCUCUUCGGUGUCAUUUGAUGUUCCACCACCCCCAAUUCCCCAGACGAUAAGCAUGUCUAACUUAGAAAUAGAUGUGAGACCUGGUUCAUCACAUCAAACCUCUGGUCACCAGCACUCUGAAAAAAAUCAACAAAAGCCUUUGGGAGACAAUGCUUUACAGCAAAAUUCAACUCUUGUAAAUCCUCAACUGGCAUCCCAGAUGGCUAAUUUUUCAAACAACCCAAAUCAGCAAAAACCCCAGAACAGUCAACAUUCAGGAAAUAUUGGGAAUCAAUUGCAUGGAGGAAUUAGAAAUAUGUUUCCAAAUCCUCCACCACCAAGCUUUCAGCAAAUGACACCUAGAAAUGAGAGACCUCCAUUUGGAGGAAGUGAACGGUCACCUUGUGGUGGAACGAACCCUCAGCCAGUGCCAACCCAAUUACAAAAUUCUGCCUCACAAUUUCACUUGUUAAAUCAGUUACUGAAUGCUGGGAUGGGGAGGAUGAAUGUGAGACCUCCAAUCAUGCAAAGUUCAAAGGAACAGUCUGGAAAGAAAGAGGAUUUUCCUUUUGUUCCUCCAGAAUUGCUUGGAGCACUUUCACAGCUGGCUAUUCAAGGAACACCUAUACCUGAAACAGGAAAUUCUCCAAACAGAAGCCCAAUGCCUGGACCAGAGGUAGAGACUUGUGCAGGAAGAACAGGACUACAGCCAACUCAACAAGGGACAUACUCACUGUUCAGUAGCUCACCCUGGUCUGUACCACUGUCAGCAGCAGACAACAAAAAUACUGGCUCAUCUCCUUUCUCUGAAGAAUCAAACAGUGUAGGAAGUUCACCACAGUCUGAUGUAAUGGACCCAAAACUUCCACAAGGAAUUGAUAUGAGUCUAAGAUUUGGUCCCACUGGGGAAAUGUGGCAUGAUAAAACUCAGAAGACUGCUUCUCUUGCAGAACAAACUGCUGCUUCAGGACCAGGACCCUAUUUUCCUGGACCAUUACAGUCUAUUUGGUCUUCUCCCGGCCCUUCUCCUUUGGAAAAACUUUUGGAAAUGCAGAAACAGAAGAGAACCACAGACCCUCACUGAAAUAUCUGCCGCUUCACCAUGUUAACAGUGGGGCUUCAAACCUACAGCUUGUAAAGUGUUAAAGCUCAAUGGAAUUUUCCAAACAGUCUUAGCUGUUUGACUUAAUUUGCAAAAUCUGUUAUUUUUCUGUUCCUAGGAAAACUUCUGCUUGUAUGUAUCUAUUGGAAUGUGGCACAAUGCAAACACCAGAUAAUUAAGCAAGAUCAUUUUUAUACCGUUCAAUUGCAGUUUCUGAAAUACAUGUAACAUCAAAAACAUUGUUAAUAUGAUACAUUUCUUUAGUGAAAUUGACUUUAAACUGUGUCUGAUAUUUAAUUCCGAGUCGGAAAUAAAUCGGUUAUUAAUAUUGUUUUAAAUCUUUGAUAUAUAUGAAAUUUGAUUGAAUCAGAUUUAAAUUGUGUAAUUUACAGGAAAGUCCUAUCUUUAUAUAAGGUAACAAAACAACUAGAAAUAUCAUUUAAAUUUUAAAAAGUCUGAACUUAUCAAAAUUAGGCCAUAUAUGACUUUAAUAGUCUUUUUGUGUACAGCGUCUAUCAUAAGUGAUUGAAAUUGUUAUGUAAAAAAAAAUGACAGUUAAACAUGUUUUGAGAUUUAAAAGAUUAGAUAUUUUAAUGUUUUUAAAAUUCAGUACCUUUAAUUUAUAUCUUGUAGAUUAGAGCAUUGCUAUACCUAUUCAUUAGUUUGUAUUUGCACUUUUGAGUUGGUUUUUUUUUUUCUUUUUUCAAACAAAUAUAAAACUUUAGGCAUUUAAAGCAUUCAAAAGUACACAUACAAGUAAUAAAUAUAAAACAAGAUAAGCAUAAUUCUAUCUUUGUACUGUAUACACAUAAGUCUGUGAAACGCUCUAUUAUUUUUUUUAAUUUUCUUAUUGAUAACCAUCAUUCUUACAGAGUAAUGAAAGAUUGCCAUCCCAUUUAUCGAAAUUUUGUCGAUAUUAAAUGUUUAAAUCUGUGUGAUAUUGAAGUAAGACCUAAUUUGCAUUAAUAUUUGCUAAUUUAAGAAUAAAGGCACUGUGAUACACUGA